AUGGUUCAAAGCAUUACUGAGUGUGAAAAGCCCAUGCGCAUGCUCCAGGAACAGGAGGCAUACUCAAAAAUGUUCUACACAACUCGUGUUCAGCCAACUGUUAAAGGAUCCCUGGAGAAAGCUGCUCAUGAACACAGGACACUUACCAAUGGUGAACACGUCACUCUUGUGAAGAAGGAGACUGUGAUGUUAUAUGCCCAGGAGUCGCCUGAUAUCAAGGACCAAGUGAAGCAGUAUCUCAAAGACCAGAAGCAGCAGAGAAUCCAAGAUAAGCAAAUCAGAUGGAGGCAAACAUGUGGUGAUUACUCAUGGUGA